AGCGAAGGAAUCAUUAACGCAAAGAAUCUUUUGUCCCGUUAACUUUCAACCUUCCUCAGCCAGGCAAAUCAGAAGCAUCGACACGGAAGGGUGCCACCAACAGCUCCGCCGCAACACCACCACCAUCAGCAAUCCUACGAGCACAUUCAGUUAUGUGAGCUAAAAGUGUGUGUAGUUGUUGUUUUUUUUGGUACCUUUCCCCUUGCCGGACGACCACUUUAGUGUGACAGUUGAGCAGCAUCGCGCGGGUGUGUGCGUGUACUAAAGUGGAGUGUUAUUUUUCAUCUCCUGUGCAUACAUACAUACAUUCUCCGGAUCGCGGUGUGUGUGGUGUAGUUUCCGUGCGGCGCGUGCAUAUAUACACAGCAAGGGAAGUGAAAAAUUUUCCCUUGAUAAUUUCGUUUCCUUCGUCGCCCCCAGUAUGAUAAGCGGUUCAUAGAGCAGCAGCGGCGGUUUCCGAGAUAGAAUCGCAUCAGAGUAGACCCGAGGUCAGUUUGGAGCUAGCGCAUAUACGCCACCGUGUGCCCAGUAGGGAGGAAUUUAUCUCUCUGUUCGAGCCGCCCUCCUAGUUCGUGCCAUCCGUACGGCACAAAGUGAAGCAAACAGAAAACUGGUGGAUCCGCGCUCUGACGCAAAAGAGAAAUUUCGCUAGCACCGUCGCGCCGCACGGUUACUAGGCUGUUGCUGUGACCGACGAAGACGAGCUGCCCAGUUGCACCUGCACUAUCAUCGGUUGUGUGCAACGUCGUCUUGGAGGUUGGGGAACGUUCACAUCGUCGACCCUCACUUGAGAGAAAACGCGGCUGCUGCUGCUGGCUGCAUUAGAGACAACAACAUCCGAGAUCAUACAGCGCACCACCACCAUGAUGGCGGAAUCGGAUAACACGGCGGACGCGACCCGACGGCUGAAUGUGAAAAAACAGACACUCGACGAUGCGUACGCAAUCCCGGCCAACUUCCUCGAAAUUGACGUCGUAAACCCGAUGACAACGAUUGCCGCCGGCAAGAAGCGCUACACCGACUACGAAGUGCGGAUGCGGACCAACCUGCCCGUCUUUAAAGUGAAAGAAUCCAGCGUCCGUCGCCGGUACAGUGAUUUCGAAUGGCUCAGGAACGAACUGGAGCGCGACAGCAAGAUUGUUGUCCCACCGCUACCGGGCAAGGCCUGGAAAAGGCAGAUGCCUUUCCGCGGCGAUGAUGGCAUAUUUGACGAAAACUUCAUUGAGGAGCGACGAAAAGGGCUGGAACAGUUUAUCAACAAAAUUGCGGGCCAUCCGCUUGCGCAAAACGAGCGAUGUUUGCACAUGUUCCUGCAAGAGGCGGCCAUCGACAAAAACUAUGUACCCGGCAAGAUUCGCAACACGUAAAACGGAUUGCAACCCGAAACGCCGCGAAUUGGUAGUACGGUAGGGGGGCAUGGGUAGCUCAUGGGACGGGAUGGAGAGGAUGCUACUACUAAAGCUCGAUACAAUGUGGUGCUGUGUCACAAUGUAUUCUCGUGUUCGCGCGCGUACAUGCUGAUGUUGAUGAUGACGUAGAGAAGGAGCUGUCCAUCAGAGAGAGAGACGGUGCGCAUAGUUUAGCAAAGUGUAGCAAUUGAUAGACGGAAUGAUAAGGGUGUGAGAUCCAGUUUUCGAAACGAACCCGGUACAACAAAUCAAACGAAGAGGGAGAAUAGUAGAAUGCCCCGUUUGGGUUGCCUAUAUGAUGAACCCUUUUUUUCUCGACAAACACAACAAAGAGAAGAGAGUGAUGGUGGUGUUAGGUUUGCUUUCGCGGCAGUAGUAACCCAGUUGUGUUGUGUACGAUAUGUUUUUGUACGGAAAAGGCUAGAGGAAACAUUGAAAAUAAGUUCCCUUCAGUGAAGCAACAAGUGCAGAGUAAGUACGAAGUUGGGUCCGUUCAUUCCGUGACACCGACGAUACAUUCGAACAAUUCCUCAAAUCGCCUCCUGUUUUUUGCUCUCCUUUGUAUGUUGUUGCUAAAACUGGCGUUUUUUGUGUGUUAUGGAUGUUUUAAAUGUUCCGGAUUUGAAAGCGAUCGAUUUAUUUUUUUCAUUUUGCUUUGAUCGUUUCCGCCAAGAACAGAACAACCUCCCGACUAACUGAAAUGUGUGUGAAAUUGAACCAAUAGACUAUUAUACAUAACAAGAAGAAAACAUUAUACUGAGAGUGUAAAAGUGAUGCAACUGAUAGUAAAUUAACUUGCUUCCCCUUGUCUGCUUACAGAACAAUACAUCCUCUGUAAAAUUGAAGUAAGGCAAAAUGUUCGAGCCGCUAGAAGAUAGAUAGGAAUGAAAUUGCAUCCCCUGGCAUUGUAAUGCACGUUUAAUGCAAUGGAACCUAGUUAGUGGUUUUGUUCGUCUUCGUUCAUUUUCCCCUUGCAUGAAGCAUGAAUGAUCGUUUAUCUCGUAAGGAAACCCCACUCGAUUGGAAUGGAAAAAAUCAAAAAUGAACAACGUAACGGCCAUGAUUUUGGAGGUGAUGCAUAUGUGUGUAGUAAAAAGAAAAAAAUAGAUAAAAAGGCGUCCAACCAAAAAACACGAUUGAUUAGUAGAAAGAGCUGCUAUCACUCUAAUCAGACAAGAAAAUGCGAUGCAAAUUUGUUGCGCUCUCUAUUAUGGCCCACGGAUAGAGCGUACACGUUUCUGCCACGUGGUCUGUAUUUUUACUACAUCGAAAAAUACGAUACAACGUGCAAUGUAUGGAAAAUGUGUGUUUGUGUGUGCUUCAUGUAGCUGCACUAAACUCAGUGUAGUUUGUCAGCUAUCUCGUCUACACAUGCACUGUGAUCGACCGCUCAUUUUGCAUUUCCGUAGUUGGGAUGUACAAAAUUGCCUUACGCUCGACUAGGACACGAUAACGUAUCGAUCACUUUUUGACGAACGCCUGUUGUUACCCGGCGGCAGGCAAUCUCUGUGGAUGAAUAUUGCAAUAAUUGAAAUUUAAGUGUGCAUACAUCAUGAUGUCGGCGUGUCGGUUUCGGAACCAUCCUUAUCGCUCAUUUCGGCUCAAAAUGGCGAACCAGUCAUAUCACACUCUCCUACCACCGUUGUGUGUAUGGUGGUGUGGUGGUGGUGUGGCGGGCCUGUACGACGGUACGAUUCACAAAACUCAAACCCACAAAA